AUGUGUAUUACAUUAAAGAAAAUAUAAAAAUUAGUCAAAAGUGGUUAAAUGAUAGGAGAAGCCUUAGUUCCUUAUUAUAGAUAAAUUUUACCUGUCAUGAAUAUGUAUAAAAAUAAAAGAUGUAAUCAAAUUUCAUAUUUCUAGUAAAUAUUGGAGAUAAAAUUGAUUAUUCAUAAAGAAAAAAUGAAAAUCUAUCUGAUCUAAUCUAAGAAACAUUAGAAACACUUGAAAAAAAUGGAGGAGAAGAUGCAUAUAUUAAUAUUAAAUAUAUGAUACCAACAUAUGAAAGUUGUAUGUUUUGA